AUGAGUCCACAUCGAAUAUCGUCUGCAGAUGAGCUUGCACUGCGUUUUUCUGCUUCGGUGGGCAUAACAGAAGAAGAAGCUCUUUUGGCCCACAUCAGUCCGUAUUUUGACGUCAAAAACACUAUAUAUGGCGGCCGUGGAUGUUUUGCCCGGGCACAGAUUCCGAAAGGAACAGUGAUCCAUUUGUCCAGACAUCCGAUUGGCAGUUCAGUUGCACGGGUUUUCCGCAAAGAAGUGUGUACCUGGUGUUUUGGGUACCAAGACGGGAAAACACUCAAGCACAGAUUGCAUGACAAGAUCUAUUUCUGCUCGCAAGAAUGUGUGGCCAGUUUCGUGAAGAGCGAUCCAGAGGACCUUCUUGCGCAGACUUUGGUCCGUGUCGAGCUUUUGUUUGCCCAAAGCCGCGGUGAAGUCAGCGACAAGGACAUUCCGGGCGAUGAAGACUUGGACGCGGAAAUCAGCAGAAUAUGGGCAGCCACAGAGAAAUGGGAAAGCCUGCUAGCACGCUUGAAGCCUUCCAAGAAGGCGCAAAUACGUCCCGUCGUCAACGACGAUGACUACUGCGAGCUUCGAUACGUGCUAGGUGUUCUUCAUAGCAUGUACCAAACGAACAAAGCUGAAAAACUCCAUCAAAGGGAAGAUGAUCUGGAAGACCAGAAACCUGCAAAUGUCACUCCAGACGGAGCUUCCCAACUCUCACUUUCUGGCAUGGACGACGGAGAAGCAUUGGCGAUCGAAGCAAAGCUUUUCGAUAUUCUUCAUUCGAGCGAGUCGCAGAAGGUUCACCGGUACCCCUACUUGGCAGUGUCCUAUUCCAACAUAUACAAGUUCAUCCGUCUAAUUGCACCCGAGGAAUACUUACCCUUCAUUUCUAUUCAGGCGGUGAGAGACAUUAUUGGCCGAAAUCUUACAAAUGCUUUUGGCAUAUGGUCUCCAGUGACUAGUUCGGACGAGGAAAGAGAGUACUUUGGUUUUGGUGUGUACCCUUCGGCAUCGUUUUUCAACCACUCAUGCAAACCAAAUGUCACCAAAAUACGCCGGGGUGCAUCCUACGAGUAUAUCGCCAAAGAAGAUAUACCGGUGGGAGCAGAAUUGUGCAUUAGUUAUGGGAUCCGAGAAAGUGACGGUUUGAAACAGAGACAAGAUGCACUUCGAGAGUGGUUUUUCGAAUGUGGCUGUCUGCGUUGUACUACGGAAGGAAAGGCUUAG